AUGAUUAGAAGAAACACAAAAGAUUGUUAAUAAGGUAAAGAUUAGUCUGGACUUUCUAGAGGAUCUAAAGCAGGUCUUAGAGGACACCAAGGUUUCUAAGAGAUCUGGAGCUAAUAAAUUAUUGAAAGAAUCUUCGAAAAAAUCGACUAAGAACAACUACUUCUAAAGCCUAAGCAAGAAGAGACAGACGAGUUGGAUUAGAUGGUAGAUGAUUUCCUGAAGGAGAACAAGAUUCCUGAAAAAACUACUUAACCCAUCGAAUCAAUUCAGCCAGUGUUUGAUUCUCCUUUUAAUCGCUAGCCAAGCUAGAAAAAGAUUUCUAUGGGCAUGAAUAGUGAUAACAUGAAAAGCUUGCGAUUUGAUGGUGAUGACUCGAAGCGAGUUUUUCUCUAACCAUAGAAGAUUAAUGGUGCUGAUGUGAUUGGAAACAGAAGCGGACUAUCUGGACCCUCAACAGUCAAAAACUCAAGAUUAAGGGAUGAUUCUGAUGAUGAAUUCGAAAAAUUAAUUCGAGAAAGCAUGGGUAGUUAAGCAAAGAGACAAAAUCCUAGAAACUAUGAAACAUUGCAUCAAAGAUAGCCAAGUAAUCUAAAUCUAGACGAUCUUCUAAGUGAAUUGAACGGUUCAGAUCAACGCAGAGAGAAGUUAUAAAAAAAGGGUGGCGUAAAUGGCAUUUAUUACAACCAAGAAAGCAUCAAGCUCUAUAGGCAAAAUUCAAAUGCUAACCGUCGAUAAACAAAAAACAAAUUCAGCCAAGAAAAGACCUCCAGUGAUGAGAAAGUACUAGACUCUCUCAAUAUUGAUGCUCUUUCAACAUAUCUUAAAGAGAUUAAGGAAAAGUAUUUAAGCAAGCUUUCUAUAUCUUAAGAUGGAAUGCUAAAAAAGUAUGCAAACAGAAAUAAAAAUAUCAGAACUUAUGAGAUUUUCACCGAUUCGGAUACGAAUUAAAAUAAAAUUAUGCUGAAGACUAAUAUUUAAGGCUUGCCAGUAGAUGGUCGACUAAUAGCUGUUGCUAAUUUUUAAUAAUAGGAAUCAGUAUUCCAUGGGUACAGUAAGUUAGGGUUCGAGAAGAAUGAAGCUAUAGUGCUAGUGAGUGCAUCCCUUGACAAUAGUUAUUUAAUAUUUGGAUUUAAAGAGACUCCUGCUACUCUUUCACGGACUGUAGAAGUUGUAGAUGUCUUUGCAGUUGAGAGCACAACGGUUAGACCGAAAUUUGAAGUCUAUCCUCCAGGCAGUAGAUUUUAUAAACUCAAGGAGUGGGAAGAUAUUGGUUUUGAAAUUUCAAACAUAGCCAACACAAGCAUUGAUAUGCUGAGAUUCAAUAGUUUUCAGAGUUAUGACGAGGGUGAAAUCGGAAUCCUGCAUGAAAUUUUCUUGGUUACUAAGGAUUUUAAUCCAGAAGAAAAAGAGCCUCUUCUUACUUCUGAAAAGGUAAGAGUCCUAAGUCUUAGAGUAGGAGAAUUGCUGUUUAUGACUAUAGCUCCAAACAAAGGUGGUUGGUUUGAGGGGUACAGAGCCAAUGAUCCUGAUAGACUAUGUGGAAUAGCUCAUAAAUCUUUUCUGAAGAAAAUAAAUUUCAAAUGA